UAAGGUCAGGCUGUCGUGCGCGCUCAUGUGAUAGAUCCUGCGAAGUACUAGGGACGCUCCACGGCUCGCGCGCUUUCAGAGAAUAACGGAAAAAACGGAUAAUUUAACGACGACACACUGAGGCCGCGACACGCGUCUGAGAAACGGAAACAUCUGCGAUGUCAUUUAUUUUUGACUGGAUCUACAGAGGCUUCAGUGGAGUGCUGCAGUUUUUAGGUUUGUAUAAGAAGUCUGGAAAGCUGGUUUUCCUCGGGCUGGAUAACGCUGGGAAGACGACUCUUCUUCACAUGCUCAAAGACGACAGAUUAGGACAACAUGUGCCCACAUUACACCCCACGUCCGAGGAGCUGACCAUCGCAGGAAUGACCUUCACUACGUUUGACCUGGGAGGUCAUGUACAAGCCCGGAGAGUGUGGAAGAACUACCUUCCUGCGGUCAACGGCGUGGUGUUCCUGGUGGAUUGUGCGGAUCACGAGCGUCUCAUUGAGUCGAAGCUGGAGCUGGACGCUCUGCUGUCAGACGAGAGCAUCUCCGGCGUUCCCGUGCUGGUUUUGGGGAACAAGAUCGACCGUCCGGAGGCUGUGAGUGAGAUCAGACUGCGAGAGGAGUUCGGUCUAGAUGGACAGACCACUGGGAAGGGCAGUGUGGCGCUGAAGGAGAUGAACGUGCGUCCGCUCGAGGUCUUCAUGUGCAGCGUGUUGAAGAAGCAGGGUUAUGGAGAAGGCUUCCGCUGGCUCUCGCAGUACAUCGACUGAGUUCAUCCCUUCUGGCCUGAUCGGAUUUAUUAUCAGCAAUAAGUAUCAAAACCCGCUCCUGACUCGGAUUUAAAAAAGGUAAUUGUGACUUUUCAAUCUUACAAUUCAGACUUUUCUUUUCACAAAAUAAAGAGAAAUUCAGAAUUGUGAGAUAUAAAGUCAGAACUGUGAGUCUGUGUUUCCAAAAUCACAAUUCUGAGUUUUUGUUUUCUUAAAAUUGUGAGGAAAGUUUGCCUUGUGAGGUCUCACAAUUCUGGUUCAUAUCUAGUUUUUAUCUCAGAAUUCGGACUUUUUUCCUCACAAAGAAGAAAUAAAAUCUCACAAUUUUGAACCUUGCAAUACUGUUUUUCCCCCCACACUGAAACAAUCAAAUAAAAAAAGACAAUUGCAACUUUUUAUCUCACGCUUCAAACUGUUUCUCACAUGAUGGACCUCUUUUCUCAUAGUUCCGAGGAAAAGCCAAAACUGAAUCAAGAAAGUCUGAGUUGUGAGAUAAAGAGUCACAGUUCCUAAAACAAAGUGUCUUGUGGCUUAAACAAGCUUCUAUAAAUCAGAGCGGUUGAUUUGAUCACAUGGUGUGUUUCAGUGGAUAUUUUCGUGAUCGUGUUGUCAUCUGUUCUGCAUGUGUGCAGCUGUAAAUGCAGAAGAUCCUGUAGCCAUGGCUUCUGAGGUAAUGAUCAGAGUACAGGGAAUAAUAUUUAGAGCACGUCUGCAUUCUAAAGCUCUGAUGUGUUUGAGAUGUACAGUAUGCUGUGAUAUAUAUUCUACUGUACAGUGUUUGUGUGGAUGAAGUCAUCAGCUGCCGUCAGUGUUUGUUGAUCAUCAGGAGAAGCUUUGGCUCGUCUGAUAUGAGAGCAUUUACGGCACAGGUGUCAUCUUGUGUUGCAAGUGUGUAAAUACUGUAUAAUGAAGUAUAAAUGUGUUUUAUUGUUCAUAGCUUUGACUUGAGUGUACAGGAAUCCAGCAUAACAGACCGUAAACAUCUAUAAACUAAACUAUUUUAAAGAA